UUCGAUACGAGCGGCAACUUCACCGGGAGCCUCGCGCGCUCCGCGCCUGUCGUCGCCCACAACAGCCCGCAUCAUCAUCAUCAUCAUCAUCAGCAUCAUCAUCAUCAUCAUCAGCAUCAGUGUGAUGAAGCAGCGGAGGACGGAGACCUUCCUGCUCUGAGACACUGGAUCAGCCUGCAGACAGGAUGACUGAGGUGAUGAACUCACUGGAACCCGGCACAGAGGACUUCAGCGGGGGUGGAGCAGGAGCUGAUCAAGGCGCAAUCUUCCCAGAUACCCAUGAAAGGUAUCCAAAGCUGUCCAAGAGGCUUCCCUCCAUCGUGGUCGAGCAAACGGACGGAGCCGAUGUGGAGAGCGGCGAGCUGCGCUGGCCACCAGACGAGCCGAGCUCUCCGGACGCCAAGACUGAGAAGCCGAGUGCAGACAAACAAACUGCAGGUGAGGAUCAGUCGGAUGUCGGUGCGGACGGAGAGGCUUCAGCUGCGGAGGUGCAGGACUCCAACUGAACAAACUCUCCUCCUGCGUUAUCCACCGUUGCUGUAAGUGUGUCCAGAAUACAACAGUAUUGGAAUGAAAACGUCGAAGCAGUAGAAGAAGCCCGGUGCGUUGAUAGAAAGAUCACGGAGACGGAUUAGAGACGAUAGAAAAACAGAUUCCCAAACCCCCGGCUCACGGGCUUGGAGCUAGAUUUGUGUCGCCACCUUCCUAAAUAAAUGUCCAGAAGGUGUUUUCUUGUUUGGCAGCAGAAACGUUUUAAACGCUUAAUCUCCAGUUUAAGUAUCUGAGGGUUUCCCCCGUCUAAUAAGACUGUUGUCACAUUUCCAGCUUGAUAUUUAUAAUUUGAUAAAUUAAUCUGUCUCUGGCUCCAAGCCCUCGCCGUCCAGAUGCCCAGGAUAUCUUCUAAAUGCUGAGUAUUUAGCUCAUGUGUGCCAUAUUACUACUACUAUCAAUGGUAGCUCCUGUAUUCUGUGCACAGUUUUUACAUUAACUCUAGAUGUAAAUGACAUCACUGUAUGUUAAGUGCUGACUGCUGUAGUUUUGGUGACGCUUGGUCUCACUUUGUAAUAAUAGCUACGAUGUUUUAAAGGACAGUAUUUAUUAAGAAAGCCUUCAUCACUUUAUUCGAUGUUAUUGCGACACAUUCUUUAAUAUAUUAUGAUGUGUUGCCUUCAGUAGGUGUUAAAGGGAAUGUAAUCGUGAUCUGUUUAAUUAUUGGAGCAAUAUGUUCACAGGAAUUUAAAGGCAGUCCAUUUUGUUACAGAAGUAAAAAAAAUAACCAGUAUAUUUUAGACGUGUGUCGCUUGUCACAGACAUGAUAUUUUUUAAAAUACUGGAAGCCUAAAUUAUUGCACAAGUAAUAAACCUUUUCAAAAUUCUUA